AAGAAUCUUCACGGACGGUGUCGGCGGUCUAGCGAGCGCCGAGGCCGAGCACCAGCCACUUGCCACUAGCUGCUGGCGUCUGGCUGUGGCCUGUGACUAACUAUUAUUAAUAUUUGUCGUUUAUACUUUUAUAGUGGUAAUAAAUAAUAAUACCGUGGUAGUCGUAACUGUGCGUUUGUCGUGUGAUUACUUUUGUGUCGACGAACAAAAAACUAUCGAUACCAAAACCGUCGGCGUCAAUCCGACGUAAAGAAGAACGUUGUUUAACUUUAGGGGUGGCAUGCCAGAAGGGUCGUUCGCGAGACGACGAUGGACGUCCUAACAAAUCACGAUUGUUUCCGUCCGAAACGUUGAGGAGCCGCCUGUCCCGGUAGAUAGGUGGUUGUGGUGGUCGUCGGGGUGUGUCUGUGGAUCUCACGGACGAUGCAACACAGUAGCGGCGUGAUCGGCAAACCGGACACGGUCAGACCGGCCAAGCAUAAUGGUGGCAACAUCGCUGGUAUGUACGACUUGGAGCAGACGCUCGGUAAAGGUCACUUUGCCGUCGUUAAGAUGGCCAGGCAUGUGUUCACUGGUGAACAGGUAGCCGUCAAGGUGAUUGACAAGAACAAGCUGGAAGAAGUCUCUCGUAAUCAUCUUUACCAGGAGGUUCGAUGUAUGAAACUAGUGCAACAUCCUAAUGUUGUGAGAUUAUAUGAAGUGAUUGAUACACACAGUAAAUUAUAUCUCAUACUUGAGUUAGCUGACGGUGGAGAUUUAUAUGAUUACAUUAUGCGACAUGAAGGCGGAUUGUCUGAGCAAUUGGCUUGUGAAUAUUUUGCACAAAUUGUACGAGCAAUAUCAUACUGUCACAAACUGCAUGUUGUCCAUAGAGAUUUGAAACCUGAAAAUGUGGUAUUUUUCGAAAAACAAGGAAUUGUUAAACUUACAGAUUUUGGUUUUAGCAAUACAUUUUGUCCAGGUCAACAAUUGGAAACGUCAUGUGGUUCAUUGGCUUAUUCAGCUCCUGAAAUUUUGAUUGGGAAUUCAUAUAAUGCUACUGCUGUUGAUAUUUGGUCGUUGGGUGUAAUUUUGUACAUGUUGGUAUGUGGUGAAGCACCAUUUCAUUCAGCUAACGACAGUGAAACUUUAACAAUGAUUAUGGACUGUAAGUACAAAGUGUCCAGUCACGUGUCUGAAGAAUGUAAAACACUCAUUGGUCGCAUGCUUGUGCGAAAUCCUGAGAAACGAGCUAAUCUUGAUGAGAUCGCUGCAGAUGUUUGGUUGAAAGAUGUCAAAGUGAUAAAUGAUGAUGAGAGUCCGUUGGUGUCUAAACAAUUAAUUAACGAAGACGACCAUGCAUUAAUUGUUCAAAAAAUGAUUAGUGGAAAAAUUGCAACUAAAGAACAAAUUGUAGAUGCUCUAGAUAAAAACGAGUAUAAUCAUAUUACGGCUACUUAUUAUUUACUUGCAGAAAGAAAAUUGAAGUCGGCAACACCAAAAAAAUAUCAAACUAGUAAAAAUGAUAUUAAUGUUUCUCAGUUAAAAGUAGAUGAUAAUUCCAAUAAAAAAAAUGAUUCGGUGGUUGUCAAUGUUGCACCUAAAUCUGCUACAUUAGUAUCAUUGCAUUCUGAUCGUCCUAAAAGAACACGGAAGUGUAGUGUUGUAGUUGAAGAAGAAGAUGAAAAGGAAGACGAGGAAGAGGAUGAUGAUAACACUUCGUUAAAUCGAAGGGGUUCUCGGUCGGAAGGAAAAUUGAAUACAAUAGCUUCUGAACUACAAACAAAAAAACUUUCGAUCACUGAAAUACAUGAAACAAAUCCAACAUCUGUUUCUGUUGCAUCUAACAAAAUCCCACCACCCUUUGUGUCUUCUCACAGUUCACCACAGCUACUUCUCGAUGAUAAGCAAAAUAGAAUUGGCAAUUAUAUAACAUAUGAACAAAGACGAAGCAAAAUGCAUAAAAAUCGUACAGCAUCCUGUAGCAGCUCCGAAACUAGUGAUGAUGAUACUGAUGGCCGUAAAAAGCGAGGCAGUAGUAGGUCACUAGCUUCGUUUAAAGGUAAUGAUAAGGAUCCUGAUAACGAUGGAAUGGGAAAUUCUGGUGGGCAAGGGACAGAGCCAUCACAAGAACAUGACACUGAUAUCCAAAAAAGAGAUGAGAAUAGCGAAAAUAAAACAGAAAGACCAAGUGGAAGUACUGCAGGCAGACGACGAUGCAUUAGCGCGAAUGUCAGAAGUCGAAGGGGUAGAUCAGCUGAAACUAGAUUAAGAGAGAGUCAAAGUUUGAAUCGUAUCACUGAAGUCCAAGAAUCUGAAGUAAACACUCCCAGUUCAACUGCUAACUGCGACAAUUUUGAAUUCAUCAACAAAAGCUGUCAGUUGUCUGUAAACAAUACCACUGCUGAUAAAAACCCUGCAACCAUAUCAACUUUACCCCAGUAUAAAAAACACCAGACGUCCAAACGCAUCUCUUUGUUUAGUAAGUAUUUGAAUUUACAAAAAAAACUGUGUACGCAAAUUCUGUUUAGCAAGAAAAACACCGAUAACCGUUUGUAUAAGGCAAAAUCAUGUUCAGAAAUGGCUAACUCCAAAAUUGCUAUAAGAGAAGUGAGCGCGGACAGGUGUUGAUCCCAUCUCAAGCACCGCACAACAAAUGUAUUAUUAUUUAGUCUAGGUGUAUUAUGUCAAACAAUAUUUUAAUUUAUUACUUUUUACCAUUGAAUUUCCACAAGAAUAUUAUUUCAUAAUUUGUACUGCUCCUAUUGCUGAUAUCACAUCAUAUGAUAACAGUGAUUUUUAUUUAAUUUUGACUUGCAACACAAUAUUCCCUGAAAACUAA